CAGGGAGCGGUGAUGGCGGCGGAGGCGCUGAGGCUGCUGCAGGUCCUGGACGAGCUGGACCAGGCCCAGCUGAGGGCGUGCCGGUGUCACCUGAGAUUCCAGAGCCGCGUCUCGCAGGCGCAGCUGGAGGCGGCGGGCUCGCGCGAGGAGCUGGCCCAGCUGCUGCUCCAGCUCUUCCCGGCCGCUGGCCAGGCCGCCGCCGUGCUGAGCGAGGCGCUGGAGCGGAGCGGGCGCUGCGACCUGGCCGCGGCGCUGCGGCGGGGGCAGGAGCACGGGCCAGGCUCAGUGGCUGUCCUGACAAAUGAGAAAUGGCAAGCGGCUCAGCAGACACACGAUGAAAUCCAGAGCAGCCCGGAUGAGCUGGAAGAGUAUGACAUGAGGAAUGGACGCAUGGCUUUCUUGAUGUGUGUGACAACAGAUAGACCUGGUGCGGGGAAUGAUAUUGAAGUAAUGAGGAAGUUGUUUCAAGACUACAACUUUACUCACCAAGAAUGCAUAGACCCCAUUGGGCAGGAUAUAGUGCCAAAGUUGGAAAAAUUCCGUGAUGAAAUCAAUCAGUCGGCAGAUGUCAUUAGCUGCUGCCUCAUCACUCUUAUGAGCCAUGGGACAAAAAAUGGCUACAUUUGUGGGAAAGAUAAAGACAAAGUUAAUCUCGAAGUUAUAUUUCCACUAUUCAACAAUGCAAACUGUCCAAAACUUCAAGGAAAGCCGAAAAUCUUUAUCAUUCAGGCAUGCAGAGGACGAAGCCUAGAUGAAGGAGUUGAACAAAUGGACAAUGCUUUCCAGGAAUCUGAUGACAUGAUGGAUUCCAUGAGGCUACCAACAACUAGCGAUUACUAUAUUGUAUAUUCCACUCAGAAGGGUUAUAUUUCUUUGCGUAACAAAAUAAUUGGAUCAAGGAUGAUUCAAGCAAUGAAUGAAGUGUUCUCACAGCAUGGCAUGAAGUGGCACCUUGGGGAUUUAUUUACAAAGGUAAAUAAGAAGCUGAUGCAGAGAGAUUUCAAGAUAGACAAACACAUUGUGAAAGUGACAAUAGUCAUGGAAUCCACUUUAACCAAGGCUGUGUACCUUACACCUAGACUGGCUAAUAAGUGAAGAUUCAUUUCCUAUUGAAUAGUUUCCUUCUCACAAAUUAUCGCAAAACUCUUUAAGAUGUUCCUUUUAAACAGCUUGUUUUAUUGACUUUUAGCAGCUGUCUGAUGUGAUUGUUUUAAUAAAAGUCACAUUUUUAAACAUUUUUAUAAGAAUUUUGGAAAAUCUACUUUGGGGUAUUGACUGUACUUCGUUUAUACUGUUUAGAAAUAAAAUUAAACCCUACAAAAAGUUG